AUGCAACUGCGCAAUCUGUCAUUCUUGGCGGCCGCAGCCAGCUUGGCGGUCCAACCUGCCGAUGCUGUGCCCCACACUGCUAGAGCUCAGGACAUUGGUACCUGCAAGAAGACAACAGUUGCCAUCCUUGGGGGUGGAAUCGCUGGAAUUGCUGCAGCACAAGCAUUGUCAAAUGCUUCAGUGCAUGACUUUGCUAUCCUCGAGUACCGCGAUACAAUUGGUGGUCGUGCCUGGCAUGUGCCCUUUGGCAAAAACAAAGAUGGGAAGCCCUACACUAUUGAGAUGGGUGCCAAUUGGGUACGAGACUUACAUGUGGUCUAUCGACAUAUUGCUUAUUUGAUGGAACAGGUCCAAGGUCUCGGAAACCCUGGUGGCCCUCAAAAUCCUAUAUGGAGCUUGGCCCAAAAAUAUCAGCUGAAGACCCAGUACUCUGACUAUGACAAUAUCUCGACUUAUAACGAGCAUGGCUACAAGGACUACAGCCAUUUACUGAGCGAGUACGACGACGCAUAUGAUAUUGCCAAUGCAAAGGCAGGGGACAUUCUCCUCAACAACCUGCAAGACCAAACUGCUCAAUCCGGCCUUGCCCUGGCUGGAUGGAAUCCGAAGAAGCAUGAUAUGGAGGCCCAGGCAGUUGACUGGUGGAAAUGGGAUUUCGAGGACAACUUCACCCCGCUGGAAAGUUCUCUCGUUUAUGGCUGUGCUGGUGACAACCUGACUGUGAAUGGGUUCAGCGACCAUGAUAACUUCGUUAUCGACCAACGAGGCUUCAACACCAUCAUCAAGAGCAUGGCAUCCGAGUUCAUGCAAGAGAAUGACCCACGCCUACACCUGAAUACCGAGGUCACAGAGAUCCAGUACGGCAAAGACGGAGUCACCAUCCACAACAAGGAUGGCAGCUGUAUCAGCGCCGCAUAUGCUAUCUGCACCUUCUCCCUUGGUGUCCUCCAAAAUGACGCAGUCAAAUUUACCCCGUCCCUCCCGGAGUGGAAACAAACCGCCAUCCAAAAAUUCACCAUGGGAACCUAUACCAAGAUCUUCAUGCAAUUCAACGAGACUUUCUGGCCCAAAAACACCCAAUACUUCCUCUACGCUGAUCCCGCCAUGCGCGGCUGGUACCCGGUCUUCCAAUCCCUAUCCAUGCCCGAAUUCCUCCCAGAUAGCAAUAUCCUCUUUGUAACAGUGACCAACGAACUCGCCUGGCGCGCCGAGCGACAAUCAGACGAAACAACAAAGCAAGAAAUCCUGACUGUUCUCCGAAAGAUGUUCCCGGACCAGAAUAUCCCAGAACCAACCGCUUUCCUCUACCCACGCUGGAGCACCGAGCCCUGGUCAUACGGUAGCUACUCCAACUGGCCUCCAUCGACAACCCUCGAGAUGCACGAGAACCUGCGCGCUAACACAGACCGGCUCUGGUUCGCCGGUGAAGCGACGAGUCCUACGUACUUUGGUUUCCUCCACGGAGCUUGGUUCGAGGGCCGGGAUGCCGGGCAGAAUAUUGCUGCUAUUAUGCAGAAUCGUUGUGUCAAUGCUGACUCGACGAAGCUGCGCGAGUGUGGGCCACGAAGACAUUGGGAGACUUUGCAUGGAACAACGCCACUGGCUGAUUAUAGUGCGCUGACGGGAUGGAUGGCGGAUAGUUUUCUUGAUACCAAUAGUGAGUAG